UGUGGGUGAAUUUUCCACACCCUCGCUUUCCCGAUUGGGAAUAGCAUAAAAGUAUAUGGAUUGUACAAGUUACAGUAGAGUAUAAUUCUGUUGAGUAAAGCAGAGUAUUAAAGGGGUUUACAGGAUUAUAUAGUCAAUUAUAGGAAUAGUAUAAAGAAGGUAAGAUACGAAAUUGGCUUAUACAAUGACAUCAUUCUAUGAGGAGCAUCCAGUCUACAAAGCACUUUCUCAAAUCCAUUUUAUCUUAGGAUCAACUUCUCCUCGACGUAGAGAAAUCCUUGAGAAUAAUUUAGGUAUACCUAUAACGAAAUUUGAAGUAAAAGCAUCUGAAUUUGAGGAGAAUCUUGAUAAACUGAAAUUCACUCCUCGAGAAUAUGUCACACAAACAAGUCGACUUAAGGCGGAGUACAUUCUCAAUAAUUAUGUUGAUAAUCAACAUAGACUUAUUCUUACUUGUGACACCAUAGUUAAAUGUAAAGAUGAAGUGUUCGAAAAGCCAGGUACCAGAGAGAAUCAAAGACGAAUGUUCAAGAAGUAUGCACAAUUUCCAGGUGAUAUAGAAGUUAUAUCAGCCAUAACUUUAAUAAGGCAAAAUGUAACUAAUGUAAGUAAUGAAACUAACGAAAUUAAUGGAUCUAGUGGUGCCCAUAAGAUCUAUAGUGAUAUCGAAACUACUAAAUUGAUAUUUGACACUAGUGUCGAUGAUAUUACUUUAGAUGCAUAUAUUGCUUCAGGAGAAGGAUUAAAUGUGGCAGGUGGGUUUAAAUUCCAAGAGGUUGGUAGUCUAUUUUUUUGUGGAAUUGAAGGAGAUUAUUUCAAUGUGGUGGGAUUACCUGCUUCUAAGACAUUCAAACUAUUGAAUCAAGCUUUAAUAGUUGAUUCUAAUAAUUGAAGUGUAACCAGUAAAUAGAUUGCAAAAUGUCGUGUCAUAAGUGUGCGACAUUUUUCCCGUAAAUGUCCCCAUCUCAUCUUGUACUAAAAAAAUAUAUGCCUGAAAAAUUUUAGAUAUUAUGUAUGAACCUUAGUGAUUUAAGCAAAGCAGUAUAGACAAAGAUGGCUAAGAAAGCAGGAAAUGUCAAGGCUGUUAAGGCCAACUCGAAACCAGAAACUA